AUGAGCCUGCCAGCGUCUGUUUCCGAUAAUGUCAUCUGCGAAAAAGAAAACGGCAAAACAACAAUAACACUGAAUAUUACGUUGGCACCUGGCUGUGCGGAAGACUGCGCGAAAAAGGCUGACAAUGAAGAAGCACAGGGGGGCGCAUCCACUGGAGCUACCGGACAGAAGCAAAUAACUCAGGGUGAGCCACGAGAAGCCGGAGAGAGAGAACAGCUCUGCUCAAGGAGCGGACGGGAUCCCGACAAGCCACUUAAUCUGGUUUCCUUGGCCCGGCAACGCAUAAACAUGGGAUGUAGCUCAACUAAGUUCCUAGGGGUUAGCCAAAUGUACAAAAAGGUUGACGAAGUUGCAGAGGACGAUGAUAUUCAGAAAGGCAUUGCCCAACACGUCAAUCUUUACUGCCGCACCACAAGUCAACCUUCAAGGCACUCCAAGAUGUACCAUGACAACGACGAAACUCCACUUGAGCGCUCUUUCAAAAUUACGCCUUUGGCUCGCGAGGAUAUCAAUAAAAUGCACAAGAUCCUUGAAAAUUUUUUCGACAUGCUGCUCACAGCUCUUGAAGCACUCCCUAAGAGAGAUUUCAGCAUCUGUGAUGAGAUGAUUCGUCAGAUUUGUCAAUUUCAAUCAACACUGGUUGACCUGAUGGAGCAUCUGCGUUACGGCCCCUACAAGACUGACCUUGAAGAAGUAAAUACUCGCCUCAAUGUGAUGAUUGACGAGCUAGAAAUAAGUCCGCCGUUUGUUCUUCUCCGAUUGGUUGAAUUUGGGUUCAACGUUUAUGAAGUUGGCACUCGCCUUCGUGAAGAGCUGCUGCCUUCCUCGUUUGCCCACCUUGUGCACAAAGUCCAAGGACGCAUAUACCGCUUACAAACUGGACGCAUCAUACGCCAGAUUUACUAUGUUCCCUUUGACAUGGAUCCAGUCGUUGGGACCUACUUCAAGAGCAGGCAACUCAUCAAAUUGGAGAACUUCUGCCACUGCAACAUUGUCCUGCUGCCACCAGACGAUCCCCGAUGCAUCUACUGCCCUGUCGACUACCGCACCAUCGAGGUGAAUUUUGACUUCAAGAAAGGUCGCUACCUGGGCUUCCAACAUUUGCUGGACCAGUGUGCGACAAGCAAGUCCUCCAAAUCACGUCUGGCGGCUUCCGUAUUUAGGCGCCUCUGCAGUACAGAGGUUGAGCUAUCUCCUGAGGACUUCAGUGCUUUCGACACCACUGAAGCUCGCAUUCCAUACGUUGAGGUCAAACAGAACAUUGUUGCAGGCAAUGACGGCUCCAUCUCAGUACACGCAACUGUCCGACAAAUUUGUCAACCCUCUGAAGACGGCCAGCAGCCUGGUUCUGAUAAAUUUAAGAAUGCAAAAAAUUAUAUGAAUCACAUGAAUUGUGGGCCAUUCAAUGACGCACAAGGAGGUACAUCGAGGAGGCGAGGCCGUAAGAAGUAUCAAAAUCGAAUUUUGCGAGCAAAUACCGUCGGCUUACCCAGGGGAGACACGGGGGCCGAGGCCUGUUGUGAAAAGAUCACAGAGGAGGCGCGCAAUGAAAUAGUGGUCUUGCGCAGUCAGGUGGAGGAUUUCUUUAUAGCCUUAAAGAAAUGUCCUAGGCUAAUUGACAAGUACGACUUCACCAACACUGGCGAGCUUGUCGGCAUGGUUGAGAAUAUAACAGGCACCAUGUUGUCAAUAGCGAAGAACCUAUGCUAUAGCCCUCUAAUAACUGAAGUAACAGACCUGUGUGAAAAGAUGGGCAAGGUUGUUGAAUACGCUCAACAGAUUCCAGCACUUGUAUACGUGCGCCUCAUCGACAUUGGUUUCUACCUCCACGAGUUUAGCUACCUUCUACACGAGGAAAUUUUGCCAAAUGACUUCGCGCAAGCAAUUCAUCAAAUUCAACUUCACCUGAGAAAACUGAAGACGGGUGGAGUUGUGACGCAAAUAAUUUACGUGCCCAAAGAUUAUGACCCAGUUGUUUCCACUUACCAUAAGGACGCCAGACUCCGUCGGAUAGAACGGCUUGGAAAUUGCAAAAUCACUUUGAUCCGACCAGACGACCCACGUGCGUUCUACUGCCCUGUCAACAGUCGCACAAUACAGGUGGAGUUUCACGAAGAGAAGGGUCGCCCCAUUGGUUUCUCCUACCUGCUCAAUCGAUGCCUCACAUCCUGCGGCUACUCCUUCCCCACCCGGACUGCAUCGAUAAUCGUCAAGCGGUUUGCAAAUGAGACCAUGAGGGCGCUUAAACCACGUGAGGUGGAACCCCUAACGCAACGACUCCCACGCACAACUCUCAGCACUGUGAAAUCAGAUCUAACCAGUGACACUAAAGUAGCCGCCAUCUGUUCCCCCACAAGGGUGAUGGAAUUCGUCGAAUGA